CCUCAAAACGAAGAUAGACUCGAUCAGAUACUUUCCAAACGCCAAUUGGAGAGGCGUUUCCGGAUUCCUCAAGAUAUUGAAUUACGAGUCCAUCUGGCAAGGAUAACUUUUGUCUACACCCCGCACUCUCGACUCUUCCACAAAUCUACAACCUCAAUGGCUUAUCAAGGCGUUGACCUCACAGCUGAGGCUGGCCAAGCUACUGAACCAAUCUCAUGGCAUGAUCCUCACCCAAUCUUCGUUAUUCUCUUCGUUGGUCCGGCAGAGAUUCCUUUCGGUAUCCAAAAGAACCUACUACUCCGUCGAGUUGAUCGUCAGACUACCCGGUACCGAUGUUGAUACCUUUGGUUGCUUCCAAAACUUCAUCUACACUGGACAUGUCUACGACAAGGCUGGUGGAAAGGCCAUUCCUGAAUAUCCUCUACUGAUGAAUAUCUGGAAGUUGGCUACCCAUCUGAGAAUGGCUGCGCUACGUGUCGCGGUCCUCGAUGCUAUGGCUGAGCGCCGUCAACUAACAUCUUAUAUUCCGGGACCCCCGCUUCUGAUCCAGGCUUGGAAGGAGACGGAAGAAGGUAGUGGAUUGAGAAUUAUGCUCAUCAGGUGGACUGCGGAACAUAUGCGCACUUCUCCUGAAGCUCGUACCUCGUUUGCCAAGUCGCUUCCUCAAGAAAUCCUCUAUGAGCUUGUCCUCACCUUGAGUGAUCUUUCAGCUGGUCCUAUCCCCGCCACUCAACACCACCAUCACCCUCAGCACCCUCAACUUCUCCUCCCCGCUGCGCAACCUGUUCAUGACCUUGAGCCACCACGUCCCUCGACCAAGCGUAGCCGCAAGACAGAUGUUGGCCCUCACCCCGGUCCUGACGAUGCCUUCGAUAUCAAGCCUAUCAAGAAGCAAGCUCGUCGCUCCGAACCAGCCCGUCGCAACACAAACAACAGUCGAUCAGCUGCCGUUGAGCCUGCUCCCUUGACCCCCGAGAAGGAGCUUGCUUUCUGUCGUGAUCUCAUCACCCGCAUGGUUUCCGGCCCUGGUUUCUGGACUAGACUCGUUGCUCACUUCAAGCAUCCCGUCGACCCCGUCGCUUCCAACAUGCCAAACUACUUCGCUGUUGUCAAGCGCCCAAUGAGUUUGAUGGUCAUCAAGGGCAAGAUGGAUAGGAACGAGUAUGCUACCUCUGCUGAAUUCUUAGCGGACAUUCAUCAGAUCUUCCAGAACUGCUACGAGUAUUGGACCAACGAGGAUCAAGUGUUCAAGGACUGUGAGAGGCUUCAGAAGUACUUCAACGAGCAAUGGGAUGAUAGACAUAAGUGGGUUUCUAAGAUCAAGGCGGAGGUCAUUGACUGAGUUUCCCCUCUGAUAUAUCAUGGACUGCCUUUGAUGGUGUUGCUUUUCUUUGGCCCUCUGGUCUUCAGAAUAAUUUCACAUGCAUUGCAGAUGGCGUAUGGCGCAUU